CCCUUUCUCCAAAUAUAUUCGGUAGCAAGCUUCAGAGAAAUUUGUACCAAGACUUUCAAAAAUGGGCAUUGACUAAAGAAGCUUGAGCUUUAAAAUGAUAACUUGAUCGUUGCGGAUUAUUCGGGUUUUGUUAGUUAGAAAAACAGAAGUCUUAAAGUGAAUUAAUUUUGGAUGACUAAUGAUGGCGAUGGAGGUUGAUCUUUAAUGGGUUUGAUUUUGCGUUCUUACUUACUGUGGUGAUUUUACUGUUUUUAAUUUCCAGACAUGGCUUCAAAAACCAUCAAAGUUUUUAUUAGUUUUAGAGGCCUAAAUUGUCGCCAUGGCAUUCUGAGCCAUCUUUGUGCCGAAUUGAACAGACAUAAUCUUAUUAUCUUAGUUGACGAGGGUUUCAAAAGAGGAAAUUAUAUUGACUCAGAGAUAGAAAGAUCGAUUGAACAAUCGAAAAUUUCGAUAGCAAUAAUAUCCGAGGAUUAUGCUAAUUCUGUUGCUUGCUUGGAUGAGCUAGUAAUGAUGCUUCAACGUCUGGAAACUGAGGGAAAUGCGUAUAUGCUUCUGCCGGUUUAUUACCACGUGACAGAGGAGGAAGUAAAAACACAGACCGGGAGCUUUGCUAAAGCAUUAGUUGAAAUGGGAAAAAUUUUUGCGGCCCAGCGAGUUAAAAAGUGGAGGACGGCACUGACAAAAGUUGCUGAUCUAAAUGGGCGUGUCGUUCUUCCCAACGAACCUGAAAACACUGUCUGUUGUCUCAUUGCUGAAGAUGUUUUGAGUCAUGUAGACUGGCUUAACAGUGAAGAGUAUCGUACCAGGUAUGAAGCAGUAACUUCAUCAGAGAAGUCAUCUGGAAUUGAGGCAUCUAUAGAGUGCUCUAAGAAAUUGAUAGAACUUGGCAGUAAAGGCACUAUUGAAUGUCUUGCACUGAAAGGAAAUAGGAAUGAAGGUGGGUGCAUUAAAAUUGAAGGUUUUGAAAGCCAAAUUUCUCCUCCUCCAAAUUCUAACUUCAGGGGUUCACUUGAGAAGCUAAUCAGUGGAGAAGCAAACAAUUGCAAGAGUGAUGACUCCAGACGUAAGAAUAGAGGUAGCAUACUAGUAUCCUCAUCUAAACAGGGGUCAUUUAACAAAUCAAUUCUUAAAGCACUGCAGGAACAUCAAGCUUUCUUCUCUCAAGAUCUUGAAUUCGGUAGUCAAAACUUGGGGGAUUUGAGUAAUAGUUUUCAGAUUGUAAAGGGCUUGACUGAAGAUGAUGGAAUUAACAUAGUGGAAAAGCGCCAACUAUCGAUUCUUGAAUCUGAAUCAGCUGCAGUUAUAGAGCAAAUUCGUAGCUUUGCUAAAGGAAGGAAGGAAGUCGAGUUAGAGAUCCAGAAAUUAGAUCAAGGAAAGAAAGAAAUGGAAAAGUGUUAUAGGAUGAUGGAAAGCCACGGGGAAUAUCUUAAGUCGGAAAUGACUCCUGCAAAAAUUCAGGAAUUCUACCGUUCGAUUGAGUUUUUGAAGUCAAUUUUUGUUGAACCUGAAAACUCUAGAGAUGUCAAGUUGCAUGAGCAAAAGGUCCGGUUAGAAGAGUUAGAGCAGCAGGGACGGCAAGGCCUGCACAGUCUCCAGCAAUUUAUUAAUGGUCUCAUCUAUAAGUUUCAGGAACUUGCAGGAAGGGAUUGCUAGACCUCCACAAGUUUUCCCUUUGCAAAGAUGUGCUUGCGAUGCUCUAUUCUUAAGCAAUUUUUAUUUUGAACUUGUUUUUCAUGCACCCACAUGUCUCUCUAUAUCUAUAAAUUCAAGAUUUUUUUUAAAA